CAAACAUUAAUUUGAUGGUGAGUCAUCAAAGAAUAAAAAUGACGAAUUAAUAACGCAAUACAAAACUAAACAAAAUCACAUUACCAAGAGAAUACUAACCGCAGUAACCUACACAAAAAAUAUUCAAAAUUAUCUCACACAAGACUAAUUAUAGUAGUAAAAACAUAAUCAUAGUAGCAACACCACAAACCCCGACCAAGUACCUAAGUCCAAGGAGGAUCAACGGACCUUGCCAAGUUGCCAGAGGAAAAACACAACCGCCUUCGCCUAAGAAUUUAGGAACAGAAAAAUCCUAGCAUAACAAGCCAUAUUGUUGGUAUUCCACCUAAUUUUUUUUUUUUGAUAUGGUUAUUUUUUUAUUUUUUUUUAAUUUUACGUUAUACUAAAUAACGUAAAAUAAAAUAACUUCAUUAAUAUAUUUUUUUUUAAAAAAAGAAAUUAUUUAAUGACUAGUACUUAAUUAAAGUCUGAAGUAAAUAAACUGAUUAUUUCAAAAAAAAAGAAAAAAGACACAGAAAAGAAAAAGACGAUGAAGUAGUCAUUUUCAUAAGUUUUACUGGUGAAAUUAAUUUAAGUAAACAAGGGUAGAGUCGUAAUUUCAAAUAAUAUUGCAUAGUACUCGUUUUCUUUUUUAUGGGUAAAGAAAAUUCAUAGUAUAUUUAAUGAGAUGUGAUGACACGCUCAAAACAAAAACCAUUACCGGUCCCAACUGAGCAUGGAGCAACCUCUAUUCGCCGAAGACGACUCCACCAGCACAACCUCCUCCUCCUCCACCGCAAUUGCCUCACUAACCGAAGAUCAGGGACAACAGCGUGGAGGCACGCGCCACCCAGUCUACCGCGGCGUCCGGAAGAGGCGGUGGGGGAAAUGGGUCUCAGAAAUACGAGAACCGCGGAAGAAAUCCCGCAUUUGGCUUGGAUCGUUCCCCGUGCCCGAAAUGGCAGCCAAGGCUUAUGACGUGGCAGCCUACUGCCUCAAAGGCCGAAAAGCGCUCCUGAAUUUCCCCGAAGACGUGGAUCAUCUCCCCAAACCGUCCACGUGUACGGCCAGAGAUAUUCAAGCCGCGGCGGCCAAGGCAGCCCAACUUAUAACGGUCAAGUCCAACGAGAGUUGUACUACUAAUAAAGAUAUUGGUGAUAGUAUUAACCUAAUUAGUAGGGACGCCUCCCCUGAUAGCGGCGAUACAGACGAUAACGACGACUUUUGGGGAGAAAUUGAACUUCCGGAGCUUAUUAACGGCGGCGCGUGUCAUAAUUAUUGGAAUGGUUGUGGCUGGACCACUGUGCUUGGCAUUGAAGGCGGUGCCACCACUGCCAGCUGGACGGAGGGAGAGGGUCCGUUGCCCUUCACUGCGUGUCUCUAGCUACAGCUAGUAUAUGUGGAUAUAUACGUACGUACGUAUAUCUUAAUUAAUUAAUGUAUAAUUAAGUAUAUAUUAUUAAUUAGUUUCAUAUUAUAACAUCUCCUCACAAAAAAGUCCAAAAGUUUCAAUCAUCCUCCCCAAUUUCAAAAACAAAUAAUAAAAAUAAUUAGUAUUUUGCUGUU